CUGUUUUUUAUAUAUACCGCUACCAGACGUAAUAUCGUGGUAAACUUUUAAAGAUAUCCCGAUCACGCUCUUGGCCUUGCCUAAGAAAUGGCGGAAGUGAAUUACAUCUGCAAGCGGACGGUUGUGAGCACGAAGCCCGUGCAGCCUGGAAAGUCCCACCCACUGUCGGUCCUAGACCGCCUGGUGGAGCCCAGCAGGCACGUCAUGGUCGUGUACUACUAUCGGACUGACCGGUCUAGGGAACGGCUCGGGGAAGUGACGCAGAAGCUGAGGGAAGGCCUUGCAGAGGUCCUCACGUACUUCCCGCCCGUGACCGGGAGGCUGGUACGGACGGAGAGCCGAGGGAGUGGUGAGGGCGGCUGGUCGGUGAAGUGCAAUGAUGCAGGGGUGAGGAUGGUUGAGGCAAGAGCCAAGGGGAGUGUUGAGGAUUGGUUGAGGAAUGUGGACUGGGAGAAGGAGAAGAGGCUUAUCCAUUGGGAGGAGAUGUACCACAAGCCUUAUUUUUGGUCUACUUUCUAUGUCCAGCUUACGGAAUUCGAAGGGGGCGGAUACGCUAUUGGCCUGAGCUGCUCCCACCUCCUUUCGGAUCCUAUCUGCGCAACCGUGCUCAUAAAGGCUUGGGCAGACGUGACCCUGCGCGGGAAAAUGACCAGUCCCCCUCUGUUCCACCAACUGCCGGCUCAUCGACCAGGAAGCAGAACCCCGAACAAGGACCCUUUCAUCAACUUAUGCAGCCAACGUCCGACCUCCACGAACCAAUCGGCAACUUCUUCGGCAAGUGUCCACGGCAAGCACAAGACCAUCUCACUUUCAUUUAGUGAUCAAAUGGUGAGGUCAUGCGUGGCCUCGGCCCAAGCCCAUGCAGGUGGUCCCAGCCCAUCACCGUUCGAGGCACUAGCUGGGCUUAUUUGGGCCGUUGUGAGCAAAAUCAAGGGACGAAGGGACGGGCUUGUGGGCCUCACCAUGGGCCUGGAUAUAAGAAAAUUGUUGGGCCUAGAUGAUGGGUUCUUUGGGAAUUGCAUGGUCUACAGUCAAAUUCAACCGAAUUCUGAGGAAAAUUGCCUAUUGGCAGCUGCUAUGGCUAUUCGAGAGGAGAAGGCCAAAUUUGAGAAAGAAAAGGUCAUGGAUUUAAUAGAAUGGCUAGAGGACAAUGAUGGGAGCAAGCCCACUCAACAAACGCUUGCCUGUUCUGACCUACUGUGCCUGAACUUGGAAUCAAUCGACCCCCGUUGGGCUAUAUUCGAAGACGGGUCCUCCCCAAUCCAGACGAGUCUCUACAUAGAGCCGACAUGCGACAGAGGGCAGUUCUUGGUCCUUCCAUCCCCUUCUGAAGACGGCCCGUUGAGCAGGACGGUUAUGAUAAAAUUGCCAAGGGACGAGGCCGAUAAGUUGUUGGAAGAUGAUCUCAUCCUUCAAUUUGCCCCAACUGUUCUAAUGGGAGUAUAAGCAGAGACGAAGCUUGAGCAUGGACAAUCUCUUACAUAAAAAAAAAAAAAAAACUAAAAUCUAUUACUAUAUGUUCUCUGCUUAUGCAAAGAUGGAUCUACCUUUCAUUGCCGAGGAAAAUCUA